AGUAUAACCUAAACAUCCGGAAGAACAGUUUGCACCAGUUCUGGAAGGACCGUCUGUACGAAAGCCGCAGGUCCUGAAGAUGUCGUACUUGGAACCUGAUCAAGAACAUCUACCUGGAAUACCGAAGAAGUCACCGCAACUCCCGCCCGCAAACGCUCAUCUCGCGACGGCGCAGCUUCGGCCGGAUGAACUGGCAACAUCUGUGUCAUUCUCGAAGGAGGACGAAGUGAUAGGGAACUAUCGGUUCAGGCGCUACACUUCCCAGCCGGAAACGUCGACUUCCCUUCCCGAAUUAACAACCAAUGGCCAACUCCUCCAAACCUGUCCAGAUGAUGCCGUCACCGUGCGAUACCUGACCAAACGCUACAUCGGCGAGUACAGCUCAUCGCGGGAUUUCGUCUACCGACACGGAGUCAUCUAUGACAAUGUUACAACCGAGGUGGAGAUCUUGGACACGUCCAAAUGUGAUAAACGAGGUUGCCUGUACGAGCAUCUUCGCUGGGGCGACGCGUUGGUCGUGGUGUACUCCAUCUGUGAUAAGGCCAGCUUCGAGGAGGCCGCUGAUUAUUUGCAGCAGCUGACCAAGCUCAAGCUGCCCUCGUAUUACACGAUCCUGCUGCUGGGCAACAAGAGCGAUCUGGAUCACGCGAGAGAAAUCUCCGUCAACGAUGGCCAGGAGCUGUCCUUCCGCUACUCGUGCCAAUUCUACGAGGUGUCUGAGGCGGAAAAUUUCGCCGGAGUUUCGCUCGCGUUCCAGUCACUCAUUAGGGAGGCCCGCUCGACGCAGCUCUUUCGGGCCCUGCCCCUGCGGAGGAAACUGGGUGUCAACUCGGUGUCCAAGGCCCUCGGGAACAUCUUCGGCAGAAACAGCAAAGGCGAGCGCAAGAAACGUCCCUCGCUCAGCAUAUGACCGAUGACUAUGAUGCCGACCACGACGGCAGAAGUUUUUUUUUUUUUUUUUAAUUAGCUAAAGUAGACUUUAGUGUUGAUAGCGCCUGUAAAUAUAGCUUUUUUUGUACAGAGUUAAGGCUAAAGUUAAGAGCAUUCGUUAGAAGAGAUAAGAUAAAUGAGAAUAUUUACGACAACCAUUCCAGAGUUGAACAUGUGCCAUUUUAUGGUCAAUUGCAUGCACAAAAGAUUUUGUAAAUAAAUAGAGUUAAGCCAUGCUCUCUACAAACUGAUUAAACUGACACCUAUUCUAACAACAUCCUGGCAAACGAACAGGGAACACCAAUCGUUCCUAUUUCAUUUAGAGUUUAAGUUAAAAAUUCAAUUUUCAAAAAGACAACGGAAUUACAAAACUUUGAUUGGA